GAGGCGUAGUCGUGUCCGCUAAACUGAUUGGUGCGGUGACAUAACACACUUCGUUGGUGGAGCGUCAAACUACGACGAGACGUGUGUGGUGUUGUCGGUUUCCAUCGCUGUGUUUUCCAAGGAUUAACACACAUCUAUACGGUUUUAAAGGUUUUGGCAAAAAAAAACGAAGGCGGCGGCUUUCAUUCAGUCGUUACUGGGAUUCAAGAAUCGCAGGGUUGAAUCACGUUUAAAGACCUAAGCAUUUGGACAUUCCUCUACUUCUGCAUCCAGUGCUUCUUCAGUGUCCAAGCUGUCAGGGGGAUGUCAGCAGCCUGUCUUGUGCGCCUGAUAAGGUGCAGUGGUCCACAUGUGGCUCGCAGCGGGUUUUUUCAGACGGCCCAGUUCCCACCUCCAUUCCAGCACGACAGACACCUCCAGUUCACCAUAAUCCAGAGGCAACUUUACACACCGUCAGGACAACGAUACAGCAACACGCGUUUUGAUCCAGACAGCAGUGGCCGUCCUACCACUUGGGACUCAUUUGGCAUUUGGGACAAUCGCAUUGAUGAGCCCAUCUUGCUCCCUCCUAGCAUUCGCUAUGGCAAGCUCAUUCCUAAAGUCAGUUUGUCCAAGGUAGGCUGUGCCUCACUCAUUGGGCAACGCAAGGAGAAUGAGGACCGCUUCAAGGUCUCCCAGAUGACUGACGGCAUCCUGUAUUUUGCUGUGUUUGAUGGGCAUGGUGGGCCAGAAGCAGCUGACUUUUGUGAAAAAUACAUGGAGAAAUUCAUAAAGGAUCUUGUGGCAGAGGAGUCAAAUCUGGAAUUAGUUUUAAAACAGGCCUUCCUUGAAGUAGAUAAAGCUCUUGCAAAGCAUUUACACAUCUCUUCAAAUGUACCGGGGGUAAAUGCUGGAUCCACUGCCACUGUGGCCCUGCUGAGGGACGGCAUCGAGCUGGUGGUGGCGAGUGUCGGCGACAGCCGCGCCAUGCUGUGCCGCAAAGGCAAGGCCCAUAAACUCACUGUCGACCACACUCCUGAGAGGAAGGAUGAGAAAGAGAGGAUAAAGAAGAGCGGCGGUUUUAUUACCUGGAACAGUCUUGGACAGCCACAUGUAAACGCCAGGUUGGCAAUGACACGCAGCAUAGGCGAUUUUGACCUGAAGAACAUGGGGGUCAUUGCUGAGCCAGAGACCAAGAGAGUGUCGUUGCAUCAUGUCCAUGACUCCUUCCUGGCACUGACUACAGAUGGCAUUAACUUUAUUAUGAAUAGCCAGGAGAUCUGCGACGUUAUCAACCAGUGCAACGACCCCAGAGAGGCAGCUCAGAGAAUAUCUGAUCAAGCUCUUCAGUAUGGGUCAGAGGACAACAGCACAAUCAUUGUGGUGCCCUUUGGCGCUUGGGGAAAGCACAAGGGUUCGGACACAAGUUUCUCCUUCAGCAGAAGUUUUGUUUCCAGUGGUCGCUGGGCUUAGUCGUCAGGACUGUAUGGUCUGUAGACCUAAUUAAGGUGUGCAAUACAAUCAAACAUCAGUGGCCUAAAGGAAGCAUAAAGGGUGUGACUUGUCCAAACAGUAAUAUCUACGGUGGUUAUUUAGAGUAGUGUGAUAUUUAUUCGCUUGUGUGAAAUAAGUGGCAGUAAAUUCAUGAACAUGCACUAAAUUAAAACCAUCCUUUUGAGUAAAAAGUUUUGUAUUUUAUAGGCCAAUGACCUUUAAAGGUGCUUGUGUUUGAAUGGCAGACAGUAAUUCAUGAUGACAUGCAAAAGUAGCUUAGCUAGGACCAGCAUUCCACACUGUCUGCCAUUCAGCUAUAUAUUUUUAAUCUAUACACAUAUCCAUAAAUGGCAAGUUCAUACAGUUUUAACUGAGUUCAUACAAUUAAUUUAAUUUCUAACUAUUUCACGGUAGAGCUACAACCACAAAAGAGUAACGAAAUAUAGUAAUUAAGUUACUUUAAUCAGCAUGUAUGGAUGUAUCUCAGAACAUGUGAUGUAUCUGGGAUAUUUUUACCCUGAACAAGUAAGUUGGAACAAGUAAUUGGUCUGACAGGUUCUUUCUUUAAGGUUUUGGGCUCAAAGGGUGUAAAUUAAAUGACAGGAAUUUUAUUGGCUUGUAGUUUGACAAACUAGCAUUUGUUUGUUUUCUUCAUUUACCAUCACUCACUUCAAGAACUUCCGCACAUUACAGCUUCUGAUCCUCUUUUCUUUGCACUUGGCAAUUCCCCUGUGAAAACAUGGAUGGAUGCCCCUUUUGCACAAAUAUGAUAGUUUAACAAAACUGUGAUUUUUCUGUGACCUGGUGAGUUAUUAGUCUGUGUGAACAGAGGUUAUAAAUGUUCAUAAGAACAGUUUUAAAUAGCUGAUAUUAGCAUAAGUGAAAAUUCUUGCAAUUCAAACAAUAUUCAAACUUGUUAAAGUGUUAAUAUCUGUACUGGUUUUAAACUGGUCUGGUUGUGGCGCUAUGAAGUGUUCAGGGUACAGAAAUGUAAAGUUUUGUAAAUACUUAUUCAAGUUCUCACGUGUACUUUUAUAGUGCCGCAAAGUCUGUGCGUAGGAUCUCCCACUCGCACACAGCACUGAUGUGCUUCAGCUGUGUGAAGCUUCUGGUGUUUUAUUGUAACUUGGUUACAGUAAGUCAUUUCUUAUUUGCGCUGUAUGUGUCACUCUGAAAGUGCAACACGCACUUAAUGCAGCAGUGGGGAGUUGUUUUGCCGAGAGCCAUGAAUGACAGUGUGAAUGUUCGCCUAAUGCCCUCCAUGAGUAAACAACACAACCUGGUGGUCGUGGCUGACUGUGAGUGGACAGGUUUUGUUCAGCGACAGACCUGCUCACUGGUUUCUGUGAGCCUUUUUUGUGCUUGUUUAAGCUAGAAAAAUGCAAAAUUCAUAUUUAUCUGCAUUUAUGUUCAGUCUGACGGAGCUGUCCGUUGUUUCCUCAAACCUAUAUUUUAUUUAAAUGUUGUGAACUGCUUGUUUCUUCUUUAGGACUUUGUACAUGGCACAACCUGCUUUGAAGUCUCAUCAUCUACUUCACCAAAUGUUCAGUGUUUCAUUUGUUACUGUACUUGUUUCAUUGUAAUCAUUAGAUCCGUGGACCUGUAUCUGGGACCUACACGUGACUGUUCUACCAAUGAUAAUAACUGGAUUUUGGUCUAAAUAACUUGUGAAAUUAAAAAUUACACAUCAAAAACCAAA